AAGUUGCAGUUUGUUUUCCCACUCGCCAGGAAGCCUGCGGACAGGAGUCCCUUGCAUUGAUGUCUGCUGCGAUAAUUUUGGCUGCUGUGCUCGGCGGUGGAGUACUAAUCAUCGCUCGCCGUAUAUUUUCUAGAGGUUCCGCCGCCAAGAUGUUGCACUAUCCGCCUGAAAUGAUGCGUGGGAAAACUAUUAUAAUAACUGGGGCUAAUAGCGGCAUUGGGAAGGCCACAGCGCUGGAGCUCGUGAAACUGCAGGCGCGUGUUAUCAUGGCCUGUCGGGACCGACAGAGAGCCGAGGAGGCCGCUCAGGAGAUACAGCUGGAGGCUGGACCGGGUCAGGGAGAUGUCGUAAUCAAACAACUGGACCUCGCUUCUCUGAAGUCUGUGCAUAGCUUUUGUGAAGAGGUCAUCAAGGAGGAGCCGAGGAUCGAUGUGCUAAUUAACAACGCGGGGAUCUACCAGUGCCCCUACGCCAAGACGGAGGAAGGUUUCGAGAUGCAGUUCGGGGUCAACCACCUGGGCCACUUUCUCCUGACCCACCUCCUGCUGGACCUCCUGAAGAGGUCCGCCCCCAGCCGCAUCGUGGUGGUCUCCUCCAAGCUCUACAAGUACGGGGACAUCAACUUCGAGGACCUGGACAGCGCGCAGGGCUACGACAAGGCCUUCGCCUACAGCCGCAGCAAGCUGGCCAACCUGCUCUUCGCCUGCGAGCUGGCCAAGCGCCUGGAGGAGUCCGGCGUCACCGUCAACGCCCUGACCCCCGGGAUCGUCCGCACCAACCUGGGCAGGCACGUGAACAUCUCCCUCUUGGCCAGGCCCUUCUUCAACCUGGCCUCCUGGGCCUUCUUCAAGAGCCCUCUCCAGGGGGCACAGACCUCCGUCUUCCUGGCCUGCUCGCCGGACGUGGACGGCGUCCAGGGGAAGUGUUUCGCCAACUGCAAGGAGGAGGAGCUGCUUCCCAAAGCCACGGACGCGGAGGUGGCCAGGAAGCUCUGGGACAUUAGCGAGGUCAUGGUGGGCAUCACUAAAUGAGCCGGAGACCGUGAGAUCAGCUACUAAAGACGCAGAUAACGCGUGGCAAAGUGAAGAUGUGCGCUGUGUGUGUGUUGUGGCCAUUUUCACUGGGUUGUGUGUAUGUGGGUUGGGGUAGGGAUGGGGGGGGAGGGGGGCGUGGAUAUACAUGAUUUAUUGUAUUUAAGUCGUGUGCAUUGAGGUUUGCAGUAACACUGCACUUUAUGCUUUUGCUGAUACAAGAUGACAGUGUCUCCUGGAGGGGAAGCUGUUAUGCUAACUGCUUACUUACAUUUACAUUACAUUCAUGUAGCAGAUGCUCUAAUCCAGAGAGACUUGCCAUAUAGGAGAAACACGAAUGCGUUCAGCCUGAUUAACGUGUGCAAUAGUGCCAGACCUGGCUAACGACGUUCCCAGACCAGAAAGUAAGGAUGAAGCACCACCACAGCACGAGUUCAGGUUAACUGUGCUAACCAAGAACGUACAAAUUCAGGCUACGUCCAUAAAAAGAAGCGUAAAACCAUGACAAUUUAGCCGAAAACCAUAAAGAUCUUUAGUCAUAUUCCUUGGUAGGCCCUGUUCAGAGGAAGUGGUGUGUAACUACUGAAAGGUUAACAAAAGACACUUUUUAAUAAAAAAAAAUAUUUUUUUUGUUAUUGCCUGACUUUAGUGCUUGAAUACUGAGUGUAUAAGAGGACUGAAUGGACGGGAAUUGCUGCAAAUUAACAGGUGUUGAUUUUAUGGCUGAUUUCUGGGGUGUGACUAAUUUGCCAGUUCAUUUCAACCAUUUAUUCAUUUUUAUGAAUAUUAUUUGGGAUUUUACUCCUGCUGCCUACUCUUAAUAUUUCAUAUUUGAAAUGCUAAUGUUUGGUGACUUAAGACAUGUUUUGAUUAGACUGUCAUAUGUUCUUCACUUGAUGGAAAACUAGUAGACUUUUAUUAAAAUCGAUUUCACCCCCCUACCCCCAAAUCAGAAUAAUCUGUGUUGAUAGUGCUUUUUUCACAUAAUUUACUGCCUUUAGUAGAAGAUGGUUUUUAACAUGCUCGGUGCCCCAAGUACUGAUUCCCUGAGUACUCUGCAAAGUGGAAUCACGUGUUAUUCAUUCAUUCAUAUCUGAGCAUUUACUGGACCAGUGACUUGAGUCUAACUACGGAUCAGUUCAGGCAACGGGCCAGUGCUGAGGCCGAGCCAUCGGGGCCACAAGCGAUGACCUCUGACACUCCUUUCACCGUGCGAAACGGGCAAAGUUUCAGUCCCUCAGGAUCUUCCUCACACCUGAGGUUCACACACAGACCCCGUGGCUUGCCACCUCCGCUCAUUUAAAAAAAAAAAACGAUCACUGCAAUACAUGACCGUAGCACUGGGACAGCAUAAAGUUGGUGUCACCAGUCGGUGCGAAAAAGAAAACGUGCAAUGCCAGAGUCACUUUCGGUGUCUUUCCAGGGAUCUAUUUAUAAAACGUGCUGGGGAUCCACAGUAAUUCAGGGGUCAUGUCAGUUGGUAGUAGUUAAAAAAGAAAAAAACUUGUCAAGUGUUAACCCAAUGCUAAGUUAUGGCUGAUAUGAAAAUUUCAAUAAUAAU